AUGCCUGAUCGGACCUUGGUUUCAUGGAACUCUAUGAUUGUGGGUUUUGCGGCGAAUGGGCAUGCAGAGGAAGCUCUUGUGUUCUUCAACCUGAUGCAGAAGGAGGGGUUCAAGCCGGACGGUGUCAGCUUCACUGGGGCUCUUACUGCAUGCAGCCAUGCUGGGAGGCUGGAAGAUGCCUUGAAUGUAAUAGAGAACAUGCCGAGGAAGCUAAAUGAAGUUGUUUUGGGUUCUUUGCUAGCAGCUUGUAGAACUAGUGGAAAUAUCAACUUAGCUGAAAGACUGAUGAAGUACCUGUUCGAGUUGGAUCCUGGUGUUGAUUCGAAUUAUGUGCUCCUUGCCAACAUAUAUGCAGCAGAUGGUAGGUGGGAUGGUGCAAACAAGGUUAGAAAAACUAUGAAAGACCUCGGAAUCCAGAAGGUGCUAGGAUUUAGUUCAGUUGAGAUUGACUGUGAUAUUCAUGAAUUCGUGGUAAAUCCCAUGUUGAUGCAGAGUAUAUAUAUUCAACGCUAA